AUGCGUAAGCGCUCUUGCUUGGUGGUGGUCUUUUUUUUCUUCGCAAUCGUUCUUUUUUUGAGCGCAUCGACGACAAAAAUCUUUCUCGUUUCCGCGGUACACUCCGACGACGACGAGAAAAACGACGACGAGGGCAAAACGAAAGAGAAAGAAGAGUCUUGGCAAGAUAAAGAUCGAGACGAGUACGGAUUGCCGAUUUGCCACGACGAAACCUUGCGAAGAUCUCCGCUGAGGAGAGCUACUGGUGGUGAAAUUGCUGCGAAGAUGUCGCAAGCGAAGCGAUACGUGGACGGGCACGUUCGCGUAAGCCGAGACGGAAAGGAAAUGCACGUUGACGUGAAAGUUAUCAGAGUCAAAGGCAAUUUGAACGUAGGGAGGAAUCUGUAUUUCGAAGGUGAAGUCAAAGUUGAAGGAUCUGUGAUUAUGGGUAACAAAAAGGAUGCUUUGGAGGAAAUAAAGCGUUUGGAGAAUGAAAUCGAAGAGAUGACGGCGAUUGUGGAAGAGUUGGAAGGCCACCACACGUUGACCGAUGAAAACUUUCACACGGCUAUUGAGAAUUGUUUGACGAUGAACAACGGACAACACCGAAAAGACGGCGCGUGCGAGGCUUUACAUUACGGUGAACGCAUCGGCGAUUGGGACGUCGGUAAAGUUUCAAAUUUUACGCGAGCGUUUACGAAUCGAGAAGAAUUCAACGCGGACUUGUCGAGAUGGAACACGUCGAGCGCUAAGAGUUUCGACGGAAUGUUUGAAAACGCGGUGGCGUUUAACGGAGACGUGUCAAAGUGGAAAUCAAAAUCGGCGACGACGAAAGACGAAAUGUUUCGAAACGCGGUUGCGUUUAAAAGUAAAUAUUUGUGCGCAAAGUACACCGACGCGCCUGAAGAUUUAUCUUCGUGCGCGGACGUUUCUACCGACUGGGUCGCGCCGAGUCCGCCGCCGAGCGCGCCGAGUCCGCCGCCGGAACCGACCGCAUCGCCGCCACCAAAACCGACCGAACCCGUUUCACCUUCGGGACUGGCCGAGGCGCCGCUUCCGCCACCUGAACCGCCGAGUCCUCCGUCGCCGCCGCCGGUGCAAACUGAGAUAUUGCAACCGGCUGGUACAAAAGAACUUAAUCAAAGGUUCAUGCCGAAAGUCAAUGGAUGGUACGAAUUACUACCGGAAGACUAUUCAGGAGCCGCACAAAUUGCAUACGUCGAUUACGACGGGUCGGCGUCUGGAAUCGAGGACGAAGGACCUUGGAUUCAAGUCAAAUACGCGAAGAAUAAAUUCUCGCGCGCGCGUCCAUGGAGCGCUUUGGGAAAAGGCGAUCCGUCUCGGGAAGACGGUACGGCUUAUUCUGGGAACUUUGAGUUUGCGCAAGACGAGAACUGGAUCGAUAAGUUGUUGGAUCAAGCCGUGGACGUGCGUCAAAGAUUUGUAUCCUGGGGGAAACGUUCGGUUGGUUGGAAUUACAAGUACGACUACCAAGCGGCGCGCGGAUUUAACGACGUCAAUUACACGCGUUGGGGGAGCGGUCUCGCUUUAGUCGGUGGCGCUGCGGGGCCGCCGACUGGAUUUUCCCACGGCACGUCAGGAUUUAACGAAUUUCUUUCCCCUGCCUCUCUCGAAAUCGAUCCUACGAAUUUGAACGACGACGCGUGGAGGAAGAGCGUUAUAUAUUUCCGAAACACCGGGGAUGAGAAGAUACUUCCCGUAAGAGGUAUUUGGAACGCAGAUGUUGAUCAUCCUGGCGAGGGCAGAUAUUUCCCUCUCGCGCGUCCAGACGUCGGCGACGAAGUCGACGAGAACGGCACGUUUACCGAGUCGAGCGAUACGUGGGUGAAAAUUGUGCAAAAUUUUUUGCCGCCGUUGCCUCCGCCGCCGAGUCCGCCGAGUCCGCCGCCGUUGCCGCCUCUGACAGAUGCUGUAUUCUCGGAUGCCAUUUUGGCGUGUCUCGGUGUGGAUCCAAAAUACGGAAACUGCCCAGAUUUAGAAUACGGCACGAUUACGGAAUGGUUCGUCCAAGACGUGACGAAUUUUGCGAGCGCAUUCGAAGGCGCGAGUCAGUUCAUCGGCAACAUUUCGAAAUGGAACACCGCGUCGGCAAUAUCUAUGAAUAGAAUGUUUUAUUCCGCUUCUGCGUUCAACCAAGAUAUUGGGGGUUGGAAUACAGAGAAAGUGACUAAUAUGGGAUAUAUGUUUUCUUCCGCUUCUGCGUUCAACCAAGACAUUGGGGAUUGGAACACAGAGAAAGUGACUAGUAUGGAAUAUAUGUUUUAUCAAGCUUCUGCGUUCAACCAAGACAUUGGGAAUUGGAACACAGAAAUAGUGACUAAUAUGCAAUGGAUGUUUUCAGAAGCUUCUGCGUUCAACCAAGACAUUGGGAGUUGGAACACAGCGCAAGUGACUAAUAUGAAUUCUAUGUUUCGUUCCGCUUCUGCGUUCAACCAAGACAUUGGGAAUUGGAACACAGCGCAAGUGACUGAUAUGGAACGUAUGUUUCAUUACGCUUCUGCGUUCAAUCACUACAUUGGCGAUUGGAAUACUGAGAAAGUGACUUCUAUGUCGUAUAUGUUUUUUGAAGCUUCUGCGUUUAAGGCCAAGUACACGUGCACAACCUUGUCUGUGAGUGUAGAUCCUGCGACAUGUACUAAGGUUCGUUCGGAUUACCAAUACCCGUCGCUUUCGGAUGAAGUUUUCCAUUCUUCAAUUGCGGUUUGUCUCGCAACGGCUCCAGAAGACGGUAAUUGCGAGCAUGCGCAAUAUGGCGUCAUUUCCGGCUGGGACGUCUCAAGCGUAACGGACUUUGACGACGCGUUCAAGGGUCGAGCGACGUUUAACGGCGAUUUAUCCAAGUGGAAGACAACUUCUGCGCUAUCGAUGAACGGGACGUUUUCCGGAGCUUCUUUGUUCAACUCAAACAUCGGGAGCUGGGACGUUUCGAGCGUGGAGAAUAUGCAUCAAAUGUUUUUUUCCGCUUCUGCGUUUAAUCAGUACAUCGGUGAUUGGGACACGACUUUGCUGACUUUGUACGAUUCUAUCUUUGAGUCGGCGACGGCGUUCCAAGCGAAGUACGAGUGCGCGAGUUCCACUUCGUUUUCGAUAAAACCGACAGAGUGCAAAAGUGUUCGCACCGAGUGGGACGCGCCUUCGCCUCCGCCUCCUCCGACUCCACCGCCACCACUUUUACCAUUGACGGAUGCUGUAUUCUCGGAUGCUACGAAGGCAUGUUUGGAAACAGAUUCGGUGAAUGGUAAUUGCACGGAUUCAGAAUAUGGCUCUAUGUUGGAAUGGGACGUUUCCGCCGUGACGAAUUUUGCGAGCGCAUUCAAAGGCGCGAGUCAGUUCAUCGGCAACAUUUCGAAAUGGAACACCGCGUCGGCAAUAUCUAUGAAUAGAAUGUUUUAUUCCGCUUCUGCGUUCAACCAAGAUAUUGGGGGUUGGAAUACAGAGAAAGUGACUAAUAUGGGAUAUAUGUUUUCUUCCGCUUCUGCGUUCAACCAAGACAUUGGGGAUUGGAACACAGAGAAAGUGACUAGUAUGGAAUAUAUGUUUUAUCAAGCUUCUGCGUUCAACCAAGACAUUGGGAAUUGGAACACAGAAAUAGUGACUAAUAUGCAAUGGAUGUUUUCAGAAGCUUCUGCGUUCAACCAAGACAUUGGGAGUUGGAACACAGCGCAAGUGACUAAUAUGAAUUCUAUGUUUCGUUCCGCUUCUGCGUUCAACCAAGACAUUGGGAAUUGGAACACAGCGCAAGUGACUGAUAUGGAACGUAUGUUUCAUUACGCUUCUGCGUUCAAUCACUACAUUGGCGAUUGGAAUACUGAGAAAGUGACUUCUAUGUCGUAUAUGUUUUUUGAAGCUUCUGCGUUUAAGGCCAAGUACACGUGCACAACCUUGUCUGUGAGUGUAGAUCCUGCGACAUGUACUAAGGUUCGUUCGGAUUACCAAUACCCGUCGCUUUCGGAUGAAGUUUUCCAUUCUUCAAUUGCGGCUUGUCUCGCAACGGCUCCAGAAGACGGUAAUUGCGAGCAUGCGCAAUAUGGCGUCAUUUCCGGCUGGGACGUCUCAAGCGUAACGGACUUUGACGACGCGUUCAAGGGUCGAGCGACGUUUAACGGCGAUUUAUCCAAGUGGAAGACAACUUCUGCGCUAUCGAUGAACGGGACGUUUUCCGGAGCUUCUUUGUUCAACUCAAACAUCGGGAGCUGGGACGUUUCGAGCGUGGAGAAUAUGCAUCAAAUGUUUUUUUCCGCUUCUGCAUUCAACCACGCCAUUUCCUCGUGGACCGGAUCCGCAGCGACGUCAGCGCAAACUGACAUGUUUCUCGACGCUUCUGCGUUUCAAGCGAAAUUUAAGUGCACCAACGAAAUCACCGGUCCGGCGAGUUCGUGCGCAGGUCCCUCGCCAAUUCCGGAUACAAGCUGGCAUGCUUUCGUCGGGGAUUGUUUGGCUGAAUCUGCAGCGAUUGAGGUGACUGGAGAAUGUAUAGACUGGGCUCGAUCGCAAAACGUUUGGUACGGGACGAUGCCGAAUUGGGAUACGAGUUUGGUGGAAGAUAUGAGUGGAUGGACUGGAAGUGCUUUUCAAGGCUUUGGUGGUAAAAGUACAUUCAACGGCGACAUUUCGAAGUGGGACACCGGGCGAGUGACUGAUAUGUAUCGUAUGUUUCUUUCCGCUUCUGCAUUCAACCAAAACAUUGGGAGUUGGGAUACGUCGUCAGUGACAAAUAUGCAGUAUAUGUUGCAUGGCAACACAUACACGGGAUGGAUGGUGGCAUUCAACCAGCCUAUUGGAAGUUGGAACACGUCAAAAGUGACGAAUAUGUAUGGGAUGUUCGGUGGGGCAAUAGAGUUCAACCAUCCUAUUGGAAGUUGGGAUACGUCUUCGGUGACAAAUAUGGAUUAUAUGUUUUCGAACGCUAAAAUGUUCAACCAACCCAUUGAGAGUUGGAACACGUCGCAAGUAACAACUAUGCGAGGAAUGUUCUUAGUUACAAAUUAUCAUCUAAACUUCAACCAACCUCUUGGGAGUUGGGACACGUCAAGAGUGACGAAUAUGUAUCAGAUGUUCGGAUCCAAUAUUCAUUUUAAUGGCGAUGUUUCCGCCUGGAACACAUCACAAGUCACGACUAUGAAAAGUAUGUUUGCGUAUGCUUAUGUGUUUAACCAACCUGUGGGAAGUUGGGAUACGUCAAAAGUGACCAAUAUGGCGGGUCUAUUUCUUCUAGCCCGUGCCUUUAACCAAGACGUUUCAAAAUGGAACACCUCGGGGGUGACAGAUAUGCACAGGAUGUUUCAUGCAGCUUCUAUUUUCAACCAACCUAUUGCGAGUUGGAACACAGCGAAAGUGACUGAUAUGAAUAAUAUGUUUCGUGAAGCUUCUGCGUUCAACCAAGACAUCUGGGGUUGGAACACAGCGGAAGUGACUGCUAUGAAUGGAAUGUUUCGUUCCGCUUCUGCAUUCAACCAAGACAUUGGGGGUUGGAAUACAGAGAAAGUGACUAGUAUGGAAUAUAUGUUUUAUGUCGCUUCUGCGUUCAACCAAGACAUUGGGGGUUGGAACACAGAGAAAGCGACUAGUAUGGAAUAUAUGUUUUAUCAAGCUUCUGCGUUCAACCAAGCCAUUGGGAGUUGGAACACAGCGGAAGUGACUGAUAUGCAAUGGAUGUUUUCAGAAGCUUCUGCGUUCAACCAAGACAUUGGGAGUUGGAACACAGCGCAAGUGACUAAUAUGAAUUCUAUGUUUCGUUCCGCUUCUGCGUUCAACCAAGACAUUGGGAAUUGGAACACAGAAAUAGUGACUAAUAUGCAAUGGAUGUUUUAUUCCGCUUCUGCGUUCAACCAAGACAUUGGGGAUUGGAACACAGAGAAAGUGACUAGUAUGGAAUAUAUGUUUUAUCAAGCUUCUGCGUUCAACCAAGCCAUUGGGAGUUGGACCACAGCGGAAGUGACUGAUAUGGAAGGUAUGUUUUAUUCCGCUUCUGCGUUCAACCAAGACAUUGGGAGUUGGAACACGGUGCAAGUGACUAAUAUGGGAGAUAUGUUUUCUUCCGCUUCUGCGUUCAACCAAGACAUUGGGGAUUGGAACACAGAAAAAGUGACUGAUAUGUAUAGAAUGUUUCGUGAAGCUUCUGCGUUCAACCACGACAUUUCCUCGUGGACUGGAUCCGCAGCGACGAUGGCGCAGCCUAAUAUGUUCUACAGCGCCACUGCCUUCCAAGCUAAAUAUACGUGCACGGACGCCGUCACCGGUCCGGCGAGAUCGUGUGUAUUGAAGCAAAGCUACUGGUCCGCGUCCUAUUGUCCGCUAGGUUCAUGGGUGUAUAAUAACGAGUACACGACGCACGAAACGAAUCCUGGUUCCGUAGGUACACCGGAGGCGUGCAUCGAGUUGGUUCGCACGGAGUGUCCGACCGCCAAAAUCGCCAACAUGGGUUCAGAGGGUGAAUGUUGGUGUCAGUAUCACGACGGUUCAGUCACGGAAAUCGUAGCCACCGAUGAAAACAACUGGAUGGCUUGUCUUUUGACUUCUUCUCCCGAUCCAAUUCCAGAUGCGAGUUGGCAUACGUUUGUGUACAAGUGUUUAGAAGAAGCACCGAAAACCGGCGAGUGCACUGCUUGGGCAUCUGGUAAUAAUUACGGCACGAUGCCGAAUUGGGAUACAAGUUUGGUGGAAGAUAUGAGUGGAUGGACUGGAAGUGCUUUUCAAGGCUUUCGCAGUAAAAGUACUUUCAACGGCGAUAUUUCGAAGUGGAACACAGAGAAAGUGACUGAUAUGGGAUCUAUGUUUUUUCUCGCUUCUGCGUUCAACCAAGACAUUGGGAGUUGGAACAUAGCGCAAGUGACUGAUAUGGGAUAUAUGUUUGGUUCCGCUUCUGCGUUCAACCAAGACAUUGGGAGUUGGAACACAGCGCAAGUGACUACUAUGUAUGGUAUGUUUUAUCAAGCUUCUGCGUUCAACCAAGACAUUGGGAGUUGGACCACAGCGGAAGUGACUACUAUGUAUGGAAUGUUUCGUUCCGCUUCUGCGUUCAACCGAGACAUUGGGAGUUGGAACACAACGCAAGUGACUUCUAUGGAAGCUAUGUUUUCUUCCGCUUCUGUGUUCAACCACGACAUUUCUCCGUGGACUGGAACCGCGGCGACGACGGCGCAAAGUGAAAUGUUUCUCGACGCUUCUGCGUUUCAAGCGAAAUUUAAGUGCACCAACGCCAUCACCGGACCGGCGAGUUCGUGUGCGAUUCCAAAUUACGAUCAAUAUUAUAUCCUUGCUCAAAACACGUGCGAGUCGGAAGGUUACGUGACCAUCCUUAAUCUGAACCAGUGCCGCAUCGCCGGACGCGCAUUGUCCGGCGACGCUUCGAAGGGGUUUGCAGCCGAUCAGCCGGCCAAUGGAUACGGUGAUACCGACAGCGGCCGCACUGGUGGCUGCACUUUCCACAGUGGCAACGUGAACAACAAUCUUCAGUUCUUUCCAUUUGCUACUGGACCGUGUGGGACAGCAACUUUUCAUUGCGUGUGCGGAGCGUUCGCACCAAUUCCUGACGCGAGUUGGCAUACGUUUGUGGAUGCGUGUUUGGCCGAAGCUCCGGUUACUGGGGAGUGCACUGCUUGGGCAUCUGGUAAUAUUUACGGCACGAUGCCAAACUGGGAUACGAGUUCGGUGACCGACAUGAGCAGUACGUUUGAAGGUUAUGCUCAAUUCGACGGCGACGUAUCGCGUUGGGACACGUCUUCGGUGGCCACUAUGUCUGUUAUGUUUAAAGGCGCAUCUUCGUUCAACCAAGACAUUGGGAAUUGGAACACAGCGGAAGUGACGAAUAUGAAUGGAAUGUUUUUUAUCGCUUCUGCGUUUGACCAAGACAUUGGGAAUUGGAACACAGAAAAAUUGACUGAUAUGAUAGGUAUGUUUUCUUCCGCUUCUGCGUUCAACCAAGACAUUUCCUCAUGGACUGGAACGGCGGCGACGACGGCGCAAACUGACAUGUUUACUUCCGCUUCUGCGUUUCAAGCGAAAUUUACGUGCACCGACGCCGUCACCGGUCCGGCGAGAUCGUGUGUAUUGAAGCAAAGCUACUGGUCCGCGUCCUAUUGUCCGCUAGGUUCAUGGGUGUAUAAUAACAACUACACGACGCACGAAACGAAUCCUGGUUCCGUAGGUACACCGGAGGCGUGCAUCGAGUUGGUUCGCACGGAGUGUCCGACCGCCAAAAUCGCCAACAUGGGUUCAGAGGGUGAAUGUUGGUGUCAGUAUCACGACGGUUCAGUCACGGAAAUCGUAGCCACCGAUGAAAACAACUGGAUGGCUUGUCUUUUGACUUCUUCUCCCGAUCCAAUUCCAGAUGCGAGUUGGCAUACGUUUGUGUACAAGUGUUUAGAAGAAGCACCGAAAACCGGCGAGUGCACUGCUUGGGCAUCUGGUAAUAAUUACGGCACGAUGCCGAAUUGGGAUACGAGUUUGGUGGAAGAUAUGAAUGGAUAUAUUAUAGAUGGGGCUGUUUUUCAAGGCUUUGGUGGUAAAAGUACAUUCAACGGCGACAUUUCGAAGUGGGACACCGGGAAAGUGACUAAUAUGAAGGAUAUGUUUUAUGAAGCUACUUCCUUCAACCAAGACAUUGGGAAUUGGAACACAGCGCGAGUGACUACUAUGCAAUAUAUGUUUUCUUACGCUUCUGCGUUCAACCAAGACAUUGGGAGUUGGAACACAGAAAAAGUGACUAAUAUGCAAUAUAUGUUUUAUCAAGCUUCUGCGUUCAACCACGACAUUUCCUCGUGGACUGGAUCCGCAGCGACGUCGGCGCAAACUGACAUGUUUUUCGGAGCGACUGCAUUUGAAGCGAAUUUCGCGUGUGACGACGCCGUCUCCGGUCCGGCGAGUUCGUGCGAUGUUCGUCCCAUGGAUCAAAUGCCGUGGUCAGGCACAGUCAACAAUGGCGAAGUCACCUUAAAUGGUGAUGCGAAGAGUGAUUACACUGUCUAUGUUUGGCAUGCGGAUGUGCAUUUAGGUGGUUAUGCUUACGUACAGUUUCACUAUGCAGAUGGAGUCGUCGAUGAAAUAAGACAUACUGGAAAUGGGAGUCGAAAAUUUUUAAAGAGUGACGGGACGUGGACUGGUUGGUUUGCCGUGGGCAGUCACGGUACUACUUUACGAACUCAACUUGGUCUAGUUAAGUACUACGAUAUAGACUGUACUCAGGUGGCAGGAACCAGCACGUGGUAUUUCACGACUUCAUCGGGCUCUGUAUCAAAAAUUGUUUUAAAAGAAGAUAGUGGCUGGGGAGGAAUGAAAAGUGUGGAAGUAUAUCGGGAAUCAUAA